ACGGAAGCGCCUUCACGCGGGGUUGAAAAACAGUUCUUGAGUUAAAAAUCCCUCAAUAAUAAAAAUAGAUAAAUAAAAACGUGACUCCAAUGGAAAUACUAAACUAAAAGGGUUUCGUCUCAGUAUAUUUCUGCUCCGGCGUGAAUCUGUGAAGCCAUCACAAGUCAACCCAAGUGACGUCACAAACAUCCACACGGCGACGAAAAAGACCGAAGAAGCCCGAACCAAAACUCCUCCAGGACCUUCUACGGAUACUCACUGUCAAGAUGGCUGUGGUGAAGAGCGGUUGGCUUCACAGACAGAGUACUAUCCUGCGCCGCUGGAAGAGAAACUGGUUUGACCUAUGGGCUGACGGACGCCUGGUGUUCUACAAUGAUCAGCAGAGGCGGGACAUGGAGGAUGACAUCCACAUGAGAGUCAGCUGCAUCAACAUCCGCAACUCUGCUGCAUGCCAGGAUCUGACCCCCCCGGAGGGGAAGUCCCGUGAUGCCUUGCUGCAGAUAGUGUGCAGGGACGGGCGUGUCAUCAGCCUGUGUGCUGACAGUGCAGAUGAUGCUCUAGCAUGGACCAUGGCGCUUCAAGAUGCCAGGAUUAACAUGGUGGUUGCAGCCCCGCAGGUCGGCUUCACACAGGAAGUCAUGGAAUCGGCUCCUCCCCCCUACUCGGAAUACGCCCAUCCACAGGUUUACGCUCCAGGCCCGUAUGGAGAUUAUACGGCUCUUCCUCAUAACGCCACACAGGUUGUGUACUCUGCUGAAGGGGCACCAUACAGCCUUGCUUAUCCAUAUCAGUACCAAGGCGCUGCAGUGAACCAUGUGGUCAUUCGGGAGCGGCAGCGUGAGGACGCCGGAGACGUGGCUCUGGGCAUGCUCGCCGGAGCAGCCACUGGCCUGGCUCUGGGAUCCCUCUUCUCCGUCUUUUAAAGUUAUUGCACAUGCGUCCGCUCACUUUCAUGAAGUCUGUGGGGGUACGUCUGAGAAGAGUGACAGGUGGAGGCAUACGUCCUGAAUACUAGAAGCACUUUGGCUGUGUGGCAACCUAUUUGACGUGUCUUAACAUGAACAGUCUUAACAAAAACAUGACUGACUUCUAAAAGACAGGAAACACUCCUUAUGUAUGCACACUUUAGGUCCUCUCAAGCACAUUUCUGUCACUGUCCUGGACAGUGGGCACAGUGGGUGUGUAGUCUGGAUGGUUUUGUUUACUCCCAUGCAGGUUUGUUGUGAAUCUUCUCCUUGCUAACUGUUCAUGGUGAAUGCAGCCUUUAAAACCAACACGUACAACUUCACACAAAUGCUACCUUUCACUAUGGAGCCAUCUGAUAAUGGUAAGGGUAAAAAGAUUACCCUUACCAUUAGAUUUUCUGAGCGUGUGCAUCCUUUGGUGCUUUCCUCUCAUUAGCAGCUGUUGAUUUGUUUUUGUUUAAAAUAAUGGUUUCUGCCGUUUAGAUCCGUAUGUUAGCGUGAACAUCUUCUCAACCAUGUUUCCUCAUAAAGGCCUUCCAUUUUUCACGUCAAUUGAAUUGUAUUCAUUUAUUCUAUUAGAAAUGCAGUUUAGGCCCCAGGAACAGUGUUUCAUAUAGGGGUGCUUAAGGUUCAUGAUUGUGCAUUAGCAAUGCUAAAAGCUAAUAUUUGAGGUAAAAAAACAUAGAGCUUUUCCUAUGGCCUUUUGUUUUCAAAAGUGGAUUAAAGUUAAACGGCGUUCUGCCUGGAGAACUCCUCCUGAGUCUGAAACGAGUUCAUGAAAUGUGUGAUUAAUAAAAAUAGUAACAAACUUG